AUGCAGAGCACCCCCAACUACCUCUGGAGCACCGAGGACCUCCUGGGCCAGGGUGCCACGGCCUGCGUCUACAAAGCUCGCAACAAGAAAUCAGGGGAGCUGGUUGCUGUGAAGGUCUUUAAUAACGCCAGCUACCUCCGGCCCCAGGAGGUCCAGAUGAGAGAGUUCGAGAUGCUGAGGAAGCUGAACCAUAAAAACAUUGUCAAAUUAUUUGCUGUGGAGGAGACGGUAAGUGGGACCUCAGCUCAGAAACCAGCUGUGCUGGUGAUGGAGUACUGCUCGAGUGGCAGCUUGCUGAACGUGCUGGAGGACCCGGCGAAUGCCUUCGGCUUGGCCGAGUCCGAGUUCCUCAUCGUGCUGCAGUGCGUGGUGUGCGGCGUGGGUUACCACCUCCGCGAGAACGGCGUUGUCCACAGGGACAUCAAACCCGGGAACAUCAUGCGGCUGAUGGGGGAAGAUGGGCAGAGCAUCUAUAAGCUGACGGAUUUUGGGGCCGCCCGAGAGCUGGAUGAUGAUGAAAAGUUUGUGUCCGUCUACGGGACGGAGGAAUAUCUUCACCCGGACAUGUACGAGCGAGCGGUCCUGCGCAAGCCGCAGCAGAAGGCGUACGGCGUCACCGUCGACCUCUGGAGCAUCGGCGUCACCUUCUACCACGCUGCCACCGGCAGCCUCCCCUUCGUCCCCUUCGGGGGACCUCGCAGGAACAAGGAGAUCAUGUAUAAAAUUACCACCGAGAAGCCUCCUGGAGCCAUCGCGGGGGUCCAGAGGCAGGAGAACGGGAGCAUCGAGUGGAGCUACGAGCUGCCCAUCACCUGCCGGCUCUCCACGGGGCUGAAGGACCAGCUGAUACCCAUUUUGGCUAACAUCUUGGAGGUGGAUCAGGAGAAGUGCUGGGGAUUCGACCAGUUUUUUGCAGAAACCAAUGACAUUUUGCACAGGAUCGUGGUCGACGUCUUCUCCCUGCAGCAGGCUUCCUCGCAUCGCAUCUACAUCCACUCCUACAACACUACCACCAAGUUUUUAGAUGCUGUCUUCAAACAAACCAAUAUAGCCCCUCACCAUCAAGAAUAUUUUUUUGAAGGUCAUCUGUAUGAGUUGGAUCCUAAUCUACAAGCUCAUAAUUUCUGCAAAACCACAGAGCACAAUCCUCUGACCUUGCUGAGCUCCGCUGAGCAAGCAGAAGACGUGGUAGGAGUCAGAUACAGAGACCCGGCACUUGAGUUCCCAAAGUUUGUCCCCAAAGUGGAUGUGGUGGCCGACUGCAGUGCAGCCAAGGUAGGUGGGGGUGCCC